CCGCUUUUGCUUACACCAGGUGCACGCCGGCUGCGGGGAGCACAAAGCGGGGCGCACCGAGGGCGCCGGCAGCUAGCCGGCGAGCUAAGCGAGGCCCGUGCGCCCGCGCCUGCAGCGCCCUCCGGGCGGGGAGAGGGGCCGCCGGCGUCAGCGCGGGCAGCAGCAUCCGCGCGGUGGCAUCCCUAGGCGCUCCGGACGCCCUCCUUUGGACCUGGACACUCGCUGCCCCGCUGUCGGCAUCCCGCUUCCAUCCUUUACCCCAAUCCUGCCUGCCUCUGCCCGGCCCCCGAGAGCCGGAUUGAGCCCAGGCCCGCGCAGCAGCUGUUGCUCGUGUUACUGCCUCGCUUCGCGUCUUGGUGCUCUGCCGCGAGCCCCCUAAGGAGCCAGUGCCUGUGGGUUUGGAGGGAGGUGCGGCUCAGCCGGUCCUCCUUCUCCUCUCCCUCCUGCUGCCGCCUCCGGUGCCCGGUCCGUGCGCACCCCGACACCCCUGCCAGCCGGGCCUCGGGGCACAUCUCCAGACUCUGAUUGGGCUGAAAUAACUUAUGCCAUAGAGCUGUGCGUAUGCCUGGAAUUGAGAGACACAGGUAAAGAGACUCCAGAUUGCGUCCUGCCUUCUGAAACGCCAGGAAAUCAUCCCUUCAGACUCUGGAAUUCUACAGCUUUCAACAGAGACUUUACUUAAAUGUUUACAUUUUUUGCUUGCUGUCUUUCAUACCACUAUAUAGUGCUCGUGUUUUGUUAAAACUUAACAAUUGUCAGGAGUUCAACUUGCUUGGCAAGCCAGCAUGGCUAGGAUGAGCUUUGUUUUAGCAGCUUACCAGGUGGUGCUGAGCUUGCUCAUGACUUCAUUAACUGGGUCUCCCCUACAAAGUAGUGAGUGUCCACAACUUUGUGUGUGUGAAAUUAGGCCCUGGUUUACCCCUCAGUCAACGUACAGAGAAGCCACCACUGUUGACUGCAAUGAUCUCCGCUUAACAAGGAUCCCCAGCAACCUUUCCAGUGACACUCAGGUGCUUCUCUUACAGAGCAAUAACAUCGCCAAGACUGUGGAUGAGCUACAGCAGCUUUUCAACCUGACGGAGCUAGAUUUCUCCCAAAACAACUUUACAAACAUUAAGGAGGUUGGGCUGGCAAACCUGACCCAGCUCACCACCCUACAUCUGGAGGAAAAUCAGAUUACGGAAAUGAAUGAUUAUUGUCUACAAGACCUCAGCAACCUUCAAGAACUCUACAUCAACCAUAACCAGAUUAGCACUAUUUCUGCUAAUGCUUUUUCAGGCUUAAAAAAUCUUUUAAGGCUCCACCUGAACUCCAACAAAUUGAAAGUGAUUGAUAGCCGCUGGUUUGAUUCCACACCCAACCUGGAAAUUCUCAUGAUUGGGGAAAACCCCGUGAUUGGAAUUCUGGAUAUGAACUUCAAACCUCUCUCAAAUUUGAGAAGCUUAGUUUUGGCCGGAAUGUAUCUCACUGAUAUUCCUGGAAACGCCUUGGUGGGCUUGGAUAGCCUCGAGAGUCUGUCGUUUUAUGAUAACAAACUGGUCAAAGUCCCUCAACUUGCCCUGCAAAAAGUUCCUAACUUGAAAUUCUUAGACCUCAACAAAAACCCCAUCCACAAAAUCCAGGAAGGGGACUUCAAAAAUAUGCUUCGGUUAAAAGAACUGGGGAUCAACAAUAUGGGGGAGCUCGUUUCUGUGGAUCGCUAUGCCCUGGAUAACUUGCCUGAACUCACAAAGUUAGAAGCUACCAAUAACCCCAAAUUAUCUUACAUCCACCGCUUGGCUUUUCGAAGUGUUCCUGCCCUAGAGAGCUUGAUGUUGAACAACAAUGCUCUGAAUGCCGUUUAUCAAAAGACUGUCGAGUCGCUUCCUAAUCUGCGUGAGAUCAGUAUUCACAGCAAUCCCCUGAGGUGUGACUGUGUCAUCCACUGGAUUAACUCCAACAAGACAAACAUCCGCUUCAUGGAGCCCUUGUCUAUGUUCUGCGCCAUGCCGCCUGAAUACAGAGGGCAACAGGUAAAGGAAGUGUUAAUCCAGGAUUCCAGUGAGCAGUGCCUCCCAAUGAUAUCUCAUGACACAUUUCCAAAUCAUUUAAACAUGGACGUCGGCACAACGGUUUUCCUAGACUGUCGGGCCAUGGCUGAGCCGGAACCUGAAAUAUACUGGGUCACUCCCCUCGGGGAUAAGAUAACUGUGGAAACCCUUUCAGAUAAAUAUAAGCUAAGCAGUGAAGGUACAUUGGAAAUAUCUAAAAUACAGAUUGAAGACUCAGGAAGAUACACUUGUGUUGCCCAGAAUGUGGAAGGGGCAGACACUCGAGUGGUGAUGAUUAAGGUUAAUGGAACCCUUCUGGAUGGUACCCAGGUGCUGAAAAUAUAUGUCAAGCAGACAGAAUCUCAUUCCAUUUUAGUGUCCUGGAAAGUCAAUUCCAAUGUCAUGACGUCAAACUUAAAAUGGUCAUCUGCCACCAUGAAGAUUGACAACCCCCACAUAACAUAUACUGCCAGGGUCCCGGUAGAUGUUCACGAAUACAACCUAACACAUCUGCAGCCUUCCACAGAUUAUGAAGUGUGUCUCACAGUGUCCAAUAUUCAUCAGCAGACUCAAAAGUCAUGUGUCAACGUCACAACCAAAAAUGCUGCCUUCGCUCUGGACAUUUCUGAUCAAGAAACCAGUACAGCCCUUGCUGCAGUAAUGGGGUCCAUGUUUGCUGUCAUUAGCCUUGCGUCCAUUGCUGUGUAUAUUGCCAAAAGAUUUAAGAGGAAAAACUACCAUCAUUCAUUGAAAAAGUAUAUGCAAAAAACCUCUUCCAUCCCACUAAAUGAGCUGUACCCACCACUCAUUAACCUCUGGGAAGGUGACAGCGAGAAAGACAAAGAUGUUAUUGCAGAUUCCAAGCCAACCCAAGUUGACACAUCCAGAAGCUAUUACAUGUGGUAACUCAGUGGAUAUUUUGCUUCUGGUAGUAAGGAGCACAAAGACGUUUUUGCUUUAUUCUGCAAAAGUAACAAGUUGAAGACUUUUGUAUUUUUGACUUUGCUAGUUUGUGGCAGAGUGGAGAGGACGGGUGGAUAUUUCAGAUUUUUUUAGUAUAGCGUAUCGCAAGGGUUUGACACAACUGGCAGCGUCUCUAGGCUUCCGGUUUGUGUUUGGUUUUUAUUCUUAUCAUUAUUAUGAUUAUUAUUAUUAUAUUAUUAUUAUUAUUAUUUUGUUUUAGUUGUUGUGCUAAACUUAAUAAUGCUGUUCUAACUACAAUGCUCAAUAAAAUGACUAAUGACAGGUUGGGGUUCCCCUGUGCUUUUACCAGUAGCAUGACCCCUUCUUCUGAAGCCAUCAGCAGACAGUACCAUGUCCUCCAAAAAGCUAACACCGGUUGUGAAGCAGCAUUGAAACUUUUGUAGCAAUCUGGUCUAUAGACUUUUAACUCAAGAAGCUAAGGCUAGACUUGUUACCUUUGUUGAAUGAUGUUAGUUGACUGUACUGUAAUGUUGUAUCAACUGAAUUGAAUGUUUGCUUUUGAACAACAACUUUUCUUUUUGUAAUAGUUAAAAGGCUUAGAACAAGCUAACAGGCAAUAGAAAUAUGUAUAUCAGAUUUUUUAUGUAACAGACUACAUGUUAAUUGAUACCUUAUUCUUUUUAUCUUUAGUAGACACUUUUAAAAAAAAGAUAAUAAUUUUGUUGUGUUUAACUCACCAACAUGUGGUGUAUAAUGAAGACAGAACUAUAAUAAAUUAGUUUUGUUCUGAUUUUUUAGAACACUUGCAAUAAUGUAUCAUUUAUAGUUCUUGCUAGUUGCAGUGGUGAUAUUUUUCACAUCCCUAAAAACAACCACCAAAAUAAAUUACCGAGAGCAUGUUGCUUUUUAAAACUAGGCCUAAAAAUUUUUGAUUUCUUUUUCUAAGGGAAGAAAUGAAUAUUUUAAUGAAAAGGAUUUCUAUAUUUUAAAUAUUACUGAUAAGACCUAAUGGAAGGAAAAGUUCAUAUGAAGAAAAAAGGUGUAUUACUGUAUCCCAUGUAGAGCUAAAUGUAGCAAAAGACAUAGAUGUGUCACAUUCCUUCUCUGUAAGGGUCUUGUUAAAAUCUGAUUUUUUUAAAGUAGUAUCCAUAUUCCCCAUCAGUCUAAAACAUAAGUUCCGAAAUGUAUUACAUGUUAUUCCUCUAACAGCUGUCAUUAUGCCUAGAUACAUAAUAAUCCACAUAUCAGUGGGGAGAUAUCUACUAAGAGAAGUAAAUGAUUAAUAGAAGAGAGAACAACUUCUCUACAACUAGCAUUUUACAUCCAAAUAAGAUAUAGAAACAGUUUUGCAGAAUAAUGUGUUUCCCGAAUAAUGUGUGUGAAAUUUAGAACAGAAGGACCCAGAUUUAGGUGGGAGGCCAAAUCCACAAAGUAGGGGAGGGGGAAGAUUUGAAGGUAUAGUUAGAGGAAAGAGGACCCACUUGAAGAUGAAGACUGAUACAGCAGAGAAAUGUUUUUAAAAGACUGUUCCAGCUGGCACCUGCUCCCAGAGACAUGCUGUCACACCAGGAACGAUGAGAUUGUAAAAAGAAAUUGAGAGCAAGCGGGUGCCAGCUGAGCAAAAGCAAGGGAAAGGGAGAACGAAGUGCAAGUGAGGAAGGAUGAAGGAUUUCUUUGUAAAAUUCCUUUUCUGUGUGUGUGAAUCUCUUAGGAAAAAAUCAUCACCUUCCUUCCCAUAGUGUCUACUGUGUAGAAGAGAAGUUUGAAAGCUGAAGCAAGUGAGCUGCAUAGAAAAACAAAGAGCAUCUGAAUAAGAAGCAUCUCUCUCCACAGCCUUCAUUUGUUGGCAGAAAAACUGGGGCCCAGAGAAGGAUUGUAACUUGCCCUGGUCAGACUUUUAUCCAUGGAGAAGGCUGCCUCCAUCUGUUGCUCUGGGACCAGCAGCCUUCUAGACUGUGGUGCAGAGCUUCUCUUUUAUAGUUCUCACAACCUCUGGUGCCCUUGCUUCACAACUGCCUUGUAUCUUCAAGUUCUCAUUUAUUCAGGACAUAUUUUAGCACAAGGGCAAACCAAAGGGUCUGGAAAGCUUCUGCCUCAUGGUUAUUUGCCAGUUACAUGUGGGAUACACCGGGGACUAGAGAUGCUUUGGAUGCAGCCUUGGUGGGGGAGGGUUUCCUGCCGGGGACUCUUCAAAUAUCUACAGACAGUAAUGGACUAUCCAACAAACUCUUCCGCUAAUUCUGCAAACCGUGAAAGGAGAAUGAUGCCAAAGCUUUAGGCCCAGAGCAGGGAGGAGGCAUUGUUCAUCCCAUACAGCACUGACCUGAACCUGGCACAUAAUCAGCACUCAACUAUUAGUGGCAUGAACGAAAACAACAACAACAAAACCACUUCCCUAUUCUGGGUAUGUAACAAGGGGUCGCAAGAGUCGGACGCGACUUAGCGACUAAACCACCACCACCACCACCAAGCAGCAGGAAAUCCAGUGUUUUUUUUGCCAACUAUCUUCUGCCAGGUCAGUUUGGGGGUAAAACCCUUUAACUCCUUUUCCAAUAAAAUAUUUGAGCUUCUUGUUCCUUGUCCAUGCCACUUGGUUUUCAGUCGAGAGAAAGCAAAACGGCAUAGUAUUUUUUUUUUUACCCAACCAAGUAUUUUCUCAUCUGUACUUAAUUUAAUUUGAUCCGUUAGACAGCCAGUGAAAUUAGACAUCAAACGAGGUCCUGAUUGGUAAUGGAAGUUAUAUCACCUUUACCAAUGAAGGGACUAUUAUAGGUCAUUUUCUAAUUCAUAUUUUUCCCUUCCACUUCCUGCUGCCCUCAGGGCAUAUAAUGUAUCUCUAACUUUAUUUCACAAGGUUAUUUUUGGAUCAGUUUCUUAAAACAGGCAUUCCCAAAUUUGCCUAAUUGAACUGAUGCCAUGAAUAUAAAAACAAAUGCAAUGCUUGAUUAUCAAAUUUUCUAAUUUGCCUGUGUGAUUGGCCAAAAGGAAUUAUAUCCAUUCUUUCACAAACAAACAAUACUGAAGUCUAUUAUCUUCUCUCAUGUGGUUUUCUAUUUAUUCAUUCAUUUAUUUGCUAAGGACACCAUGAUCAGUCCUUUACUUGGUGUUUGCUUUCUAUCUCUAUAGUCAUGUUCCAGGGCAUUUUCUUUUCUUCAUUACUAGGGGAAAAUUUUUCACAUGCCUAACAUUUUCCCAGGAAAACCAUACUUUCUGACUUUCUAUUCACUGAAAAGAGGAGUUUAACUACUUCUAAUGCAUUCUAAAUACAACUGAAAAAUGCUUUCUUCACCUAAAUUCCGUCACUCUCACCCUGCUGGCAAAUAGACUUUUUAAAAUUGUUAUUCAUAAGGGAUUACCUACAGGGAAAAGGUUUCUUAAAAGACUUUGACAAUCACCAUUCAUCCAGAGCCCUGGAAUGAUUUUGACCUAGAAUCCCUGCAGGACUUGAUCUAAUCUGGUGUGGGCAAGAUCUCUCUGCCCUGCCUCCCUUGCUGUGAUACCAGCUCCUUCACUCUGUACUCCAAGUCAGGAACUUAGGGUACAUGGUAAGAAUAAGGAGAUAGCAAGGGAGUGCUUUAUUUUUGUACCUGCUUAUUCAGCAUUGCCCAGCACAGUUUAAGAGAACUAAAUGGAUGUCUAGUAUUGUAGAGUUCCUCAGACACUUGAUGGUACUAAUAUGAAGUACAUAGCAUUUCCCUGUCGUUUCACCAUUAGGAUAUCUCAGGCUACUAUUAUUCUGCAUUACAGAUCCUGAGAAUUUGAGGAUUUAAUUUAAUCUCCAAAAUAGUCCUGAUAAACUGGGUAUUUAUUCUUCACAAUUUUAUAGAAAAGACAGUCAAGGCCUAUUUGUUGUUGUUGUUCAGUCACUAACUCGUGUCCAAGUCUUUGCAACCCCAUGGACUGCAGAAUGCCAGGCUCCUCUGUCCGCCACUAUCUCCUGGAGUUUGCGCAGAUUCACAUCCAUUGAUCUGGUGAUGCUGUCUAACCAGCUCCUCCUCUGCUGUUGCCUUCCCCUUUUGCCUGACGCCAUCCAGUUCUGUAAGUGGGUGACUGGGAUGGGGCCCUUCACUUCCCGUCUCCUCCACAUCCACCUGGCACGCUUCUAAGGUGGAGUGGGGAGCACCUACCAAAGGUGAGAGGCUGGAGGUCACAAGCAUGUGGAGGAGGCAGAGAAAGCACAUGCUGGAGAAUUCACGGGAGAUGACUCUGCAAACUUUGUAUCUUAAAGUUCUUCUCUCUUCCCCUUUAAAGCUUUGUGCUAGGAAUUUCUGAGAUACCCAUCAAAACUAUGUUCACAUGAGGCUUAACUUUAAUUCUAACCUUCAAUUCUCGUAUAAUCUGUUACAUGCUCAGAAAAUUUUAAAGAUUUUGUGGAGGAAAUUCCAAGCUCCUCCUUUCCUUAGCAGAAGAUUAUGGAAGGUGUAUGUAAAGUUAGUAACAAACUCAAUCUUUAGCUCUGAAGCUUAAAGAGGGAAAUGUGGAAUUCCUAUAACUAGAAGGGUGUGUCUGACAUACUUGGAAAAAAAUGGGUUUUGUAUAACCACCAAGUUUAUGGAGUUGGUGAGAUCUUUUUAUUCAGGGAUCUCUCUGUUCCCCAGGGAAAAAAAGUAUCCAGAGGCUGAAAGACAUUAAAAGGAUGUCUUGAUUUCUUAUUUUUAAUAAAUGUGACAGCACUCUUGACAUAA